AUGCGGAGACGCGGGGUGAGAUGCCUCCCUGGGGGUGCGCCCUCUCCACCGCCCACCCCACGCCUCCCCUUCCCCCCUGCACCGUGGGGAGCGGGGAGCGAGGGUGAAGUGACCCCCUCCGGCCAUCGAAGGGUACAGCUGGCCUGGGUUGCGGGGUCCCGGGCCCGCGAGGCUCCGGGCCAAGCCCCGGGGGAGCCGCAGGGUCCGGAUAGGGGGAUAAGGGGCCGCGGCGUCCCCCACCCCGCCCAGGGAACCCCCCCGCCCCCCGCACCCCGUGGCCGGGCCCGGGUCACCCGUCACCAGCAGGGGGCGCCCUUUGCCAAGGACGCUGGGCCCAUUCUCCAGACCCGGGGGCCGGGCUGGGGGUCGGUGCCCGAGGGGCAGAGCCCGGCGCUCCGGGCCCGCUCACCUCCGGGCUCCCUGCGGUCGCUCCGCGUCGCCCCCCCCCCCGCACCCCUAUCUCCGCGAGAGGCCAGGGCCCCCGCCUUCCCGGCCCCAGCACCCCCACCCGGACCCCAGCCCGAACUCCGGGCACCCCGCUCCCUCCGCACUCACCGCCCAAUCCGGGGCGCGCACGCGCCGCUGCCGCCACCGCGCCAAGGGGCCCGGGCCCCGCCCGCCCGUUGGGAAACUGAGGCUCGGCGGCAAACGGCGCCCCCGGGGCCGGGCAGUGAGUCAGCUAGAACCGGGGCUCCUGACGCACAGCCCGCCCCCGAUCGCGGCCGCCCCUCCCAGCCCGCUCCCCGGGACGCAGGGCUGAGGCUGCGGCCAGGUGCCCUGAGGCAAGAGCCCACGCGGGCCGCGGGACAGUUGCGACCACCCUCGAGUGCGCCUCAGGCCCCCGAGGAGUCCCCCAACUGCAUGGUCACCGCGGGGGUCUCCCAGGCCCGUCCUCUCUCCUGUCCAGGCCCCUUUGCACGUUUGCAACGUGGGCUGAAGCAGCCCCAGGUGGUGGAACCCCCACCCUCGGAUGGCCACGCAGCUCUGCCCACACCCUUGGCCUGGGUGUGUUCAUUGCCGAGGGGUCCUGAGACCCCCAGACGGAAAGCUUCUCUGCACAGCCCGGGGUGCUGGGUGGGCGUCCUGCAGGUACACGAGGAGGGGGCCUUCGGGCAGAGCCAGCAGCUCCAGGGCAUCCGGUUCAGACCUCCCUUGGGGCUUCCCCGGGAGAGCAGGGCGGCCCAGGAGGGGGUCCGGCGGCAGGGUCACCACCGCACCAGCUCCCCUUCCACAGGUCACGGAGCUGCUGGGCCGCCCAGCGCCGAGUACGGGGGUGGAGCAGGCCAGGUUGGCGUCCAGAUCGGGCCUCCCCAGCGGGUGCCCUUGGCCAAGUCAGGGGAGCCUCUGCCGAGGGCACUCGCCCCGUCCAGCCUGCGCCCCGUCCCUGCGGGGCUGCCCCUGCCAUACCUGCUGCUGCCCGUGCCCCAGCUCAGCCAUGGCCACCUCUGCCGCCUCCCCGGGCCGGGGGUGGGCCCUGCCGCCCCUCGCCCGCCGCCUCGGGGCGCCUCUGGAGGCCGCCCGCCUGUCCGGUCUGCGGGAGCCUGCUCCUGGGCCAUGGGGCCGGCCGCCUCGGGGCAGGGAGGCUCCUCCCGGGCCGAGGAAGGGCGGCUUUUUAUGCUCCUGUCCCGUUGCACCAGUGGCCGCAAUGCUGGCUGGGUGGGUGCCUCGGGGGACCCGAGCAGCGACCGAGGACCCUGGCUCGACAUCCUGGUCAAGCAGGGAGCUGGGACAGCUCGGGAAAUUCCCCCGGAGUGCUGCAAGCAGGAGGGAACCUGUUCACGCUUCCUGGGGCAGGGGGGGGUCAGGGCCCAGCUGCCCAGAAGCGCUGUGCGUCCUGCUGAGUUGGGCUUUGCCCGCACCCAGAAGGUGGCCCAGACCCUAACGCCGACCCAGCCCGAGGCCCAGGGGUCAGCUCGUGCCCCUGGGUGGGGGAAACAGUGGACGUCAGGGCCGGCUGGGCUCGGCCCCAUCUGCAUAAGGAUGGGAAGACUGAGGCCCAAGGGGGAAAGAGACUCGCCCCAGUCUGCCCAGCCCACUGGUUCUGGGACCCCCACUGCCCCGGGGCCCCCUCCCGACCAGCUCUGCCCUGCUGCAGCUCCGACAGGGCCCCGCCUGGCAGCCAGGCUGGCCCGGCCCGUGGCCUCAAACCCCCCCACACCCGAGUCUCAGGUCCUGGAGCCUCAGAGGCAGAUGCCGGAGAUGGGCUGA